AGAUUUUCGUGAUUCACAAAGGACAAGAAGAUACGCUUAUUUUCUUCCUCAGUAACUGAUCUUGGAAGCUCGAAUUUACAGUUGCUGUAACUCUAACUUGGUCGUACAUCUAGGAGGAGGCAUAUCAUCGACUCCAGGCAAGAAGGUGGUAAUCGCUCGGCUCUUGACCCAAUUUCCGAUCCACAUUCAUGAAUAUGCAUGCGCUGCACUUGCGAUGACGCUCCUUCCAGCCUUCUCUCCAUAUGUUACUUAGAACUUCAUGAUAAGGACUCCUCCCCCCGGCCCAUCCACAUAUGUAUUUAAACCCUCCAGAGCAUUCGUUCGCCCCAGUCAACUUAUCUCCUUGACUUGAGAUGUUCGCCUCUUUGUUUACGCUCGGUCUGGCUUUGACGGGAGCAAGCGUGUUCGCUACUCCUCUUAAGAGAGCUGAUGGCCUCACCGUCUCCCUCUCUGGCCCCACCACAAAUGUCACCUCCCUCGAGGAGCUUAAGUUCACCGCGUCCAUCACCAACACCGGUGCUCAAGCCGUCAAGAUCUUGAAGUACGGCACGAUCUUGGAUGAUGGCCUUCCGACUCGCUCCUUCACCAUCACCAAGGACGGUACUACCGUCCCUUUCACUGGUAUUAAGAUAACUGUGUCUCUUACCGACCUUGACGACUCUGCGUUUACGACUAUCGGCGCUGGGGAGACUGUUACUGUCGAUCAUGAUGUCUCUUCGCUGUACGAUUUCGCUUCCGCCGGAGAGGGUACCUACACCUUCGAGCCCGUCACCACCUUCCAAAUGGCCGACGUCGCAGCCAAAGUUGCCGCCAGCACCCUGAACAAGGUUACAGUCUCUUCGACCUCUAUGGACGUGCAUGUCUCUGGGGACCUUGCCGCACGUGACGUCGCAGGCAUCGACAAGCGUGCGACUGCAGUGUGUAGCUCCUCCACCAAGAAGACGUUCAUCACAUCCAGCUAUACCGAAGCGAAGAGUCUCGCCUCUCUCUCGUCCUCUUACAUCUCGAGUAACGGUAAGAACACCCUGUACACCGCAUACUGGGGAGCCACUUCGACCUCGACCAUCAGCAGUGUCUAUAACGCUGUAGCUAGUGAAUCAAGCAGCUCCCGAACACUGAGCUGUACUGAUACCUAUGGCGCUUGCACGAGCGGCGUGAUCGCCUAUACCGUCAUCUCCACCACUAACAUCUACUACUGCGACCUCUUCUUUAACGAAGUUGCCAGCACUAGCCUCUGUACAGGAACGACUGUUGCUGCACGUAAUAUCCGCGGAGGAACGACUCUCCACGAGUUGACUCAUGCUGUCGCCGACACUGACGACGUUACUUACGGCUGCUCUGCUGAUCAGGCGUUGUCGGAUGCGAACGCCAGGAUCAAUGCAGACAAUUAUAACUGUUUCGCCACUCAGGUCUACCAGGACACCCAAUGUUGAAUGGGCAUGUAGCACUGUCAUGUACAACUACCUGGAAGAAGAAAAUGUUUAGCUAUGAUCAGAUAUUACUACACGUUGUUCAGUUUCAUUAGUGUGACAAAAACGGCCU